UUAUACACUCACCAUGUAUUUCCAGCAGUCUUGGAAAGACAAGAGGCUUUCAUAUUCUGGAAUCCCAUUAAAUCUGACCCUCGACAACAGAGUAGCUGACCAACUCUGGGUACCAGACACCUACUUUCUCAAUGACAAGAAAUCAUUUGUACAUGGGGUCACAGUGAAAAACCGAAUGAUAAGGCUGCAUCCUGAUGGAACUGUCCUCUACGGACUACGGAUCACAACCACUGCAGCAUGCAUGAUGGAUCUUCGAAGAUAUCCUCUGGAUGAACAAAACUGCACUCUGGAGAUUGAAAGCUAUGGCUACACCACCGAUGACAUCGAGUUUUACUGGAAUGGAGGAGAGGGAGCAGUAACCGGGGUCAAUAAAAUCGAGCUUCCUCAGUUUUCAAUUGUUGACUACAAGAUGGUGUCCAAGAAGGUGGAGUUCACAACAGGGGCAUAUCCACGGCUAUCACUAAGUUUUCGUCUGAAGAGAAACAUCGGUUACUUCAUUUUGCAGACCUACAUGCCUUCCACACUGAUUACAAUCCUGUCCUGGGUGUCAUUUUGGAUCAACUAUGAUGCAUCUGCAGCCAGAGUCGCACUAGGAAUUACCACGGUGCUGACAAUGACAACCAUCAGCACUCACCUCAGGGAGACACUGCCAAAGAUUCCUUACGUCAAAGCGAUUGAUAUCUACCUGAUGGGCUGCUUUGUGUUUGUGUUCCUGGCUCUGCUGGAAUAUGCUUUUGUAAAUUACAUUUUCUUUGGAAAAGGCCCUCAGAAGAAGGGAGCAAGCAAACAAGACCAGAGUACCAGUGAAAAGAAUAAACUGGAGAUGAACAAAGUCCAGGUCGACGCCCACGGCAAUAUUCUCCUCAGCACCCUGGAAAUCAGGAAUGAGACCAGCGGCUCCGAGGUGCUCACGGGUGUGAGUGACCCCAAGGCCACCAUGUACUCGUACGACAGUGCCAGCAUCCAGUACCGCAAGCCGCUGAGCAGCCGCGAGGGCUUCGGGCGCGGGCUGGACAGGCACGGGGUGCCCGGCAAGGGGCGCAUCCGCAGGCGUGCCUCGCAACUCAAAGUGAAGAUCCCUGACUUAACUGACGUGAACUCCAUAGACAAGUGGUCCCGAAUGUUUUUCCCCAUCACCUUUUCCCUUUUUAAUGUCGUUUACUGGCUUUACUAUGUACACUAAGGUCAGUCUCGUGGUUUCGUUUAGACUCUCUUCCUUGGCUUGUUUUCUAACCCCACAGGUUCCCAACAGCAAUCACUGCUGUGGUUUUUGAGGUAAGAGAUUCAGCCAUCCAAUUGGUUUUCGUGUCAGUUUUUAUUAUCACACCAGGUUUACUUCAACAACAACAACGAAAAGGUAUUUUUUCCUGUCUACUGUGGUCCAGGUUAUUAGCUCUGUAAGAGUCCCAUCAAUUGCUUUGUUUACAAACACAAGAGAGAGAGGUAGAUGGGUGGUAGCUAUUGUUGGCAGUCUUUCCUAGUUGCCCUGGAUCUUACCGAAUGAAAUGAAAAUGUACAAUGGACCUUGCUGUCCACCUGCACUGUGUUCUGAGUAAACUGUAAUCAUCUCAUUCUGCCAAAAAAAAAAAAAAAAAAA